UCUGUGAGAUAAUACUGAUCUUGGGUCAUACUGUGCUGUUUUAAUGUUCAUAUACUGCAUGCCUAAUGGUUUUUCUUGAUUACUGAUUACUACAUUCUGAAAUUCUGAAAGAGACAUUCAUCAAAUGGGAUGACAAACUGGAAUCUGAGAAGACAAGUUUUCUUUAUAUUUUUCAAAAACAAUUUCAGCAUUCAUCAACCAACUAAGUGAUGCUAUAUUCCUUGAUGAUGAUCAUCAUCUAACUCCUGUGAUUCUGACCUGUGUUGUGAAACAUGCUGUUGCACACUGCUAUGCAGACAUGAGUGAGUGUUGGUUGAGGGACUGAGGGAUUUUGCUCAGUUGUUGGGGAAAUGAUUUUAAACAAACUCAAGAAAAUUGUCAAACUAGAACUAGAAACUGAAACGUUUUCAUUCUGAUUCUUUGGUCAAAGUGUCUGCCUGACUAACUAUAAGAAUAAUAGAAAACUUAAACUUAGGCAUCUUCUUGGGCUGAGACCUCAUUCAAAAGGAUAAAAGACAACACUACUAAGCUAAUUUUGCUGCAACUUAUUGUGUUUCACAUUUUGACACCCACAUUACACAAGACAGAAAUGGAGAACUCAACUGAGGUUUUGUCUUUUGUGCUGGCAGCCUAUGGUAAUACUGGAGAGUUUAAAUACCUGUAUUUCACCAUAAUGCUGUUAUGGUACCUCUCCAUAUGUGUGGCCAACACAUUUCUUAUUAUGGUCAUAUUUCUGGACAAAAGGUUGCAUGAGCCGAUGUAUAUUUUACUUUGUAAUUUGUUUGUGAAUGAAAUAGGGGGCAGCACAGCACUGUAUCCCCUUCUGAUGUCACAGAUGUUUUCAGACACCCAUGAAGUGACCCUACCGUGGUGUUUUCUGCAGAUGUGUUAUUUGUACAUAUGUGGUUCUGUUGAGUUUUGUAGUUUUGCAGCCAUGGCCUAUGACAGAUAUGUUGCUAUAUGUUGUCCUUUACACUACAAUGUUAUAAUGAACACAGGAAGAGUAGCUAUAAUCAUUCUGCUUGUAUGGAUGUAUUCAUUUGUUAACUGUAUGUUUGCAUUUUCAUUUGUCAUCCGUUUGAAAUUGUGUGGAAAUCUCAUUGACAAAGUGUUUUGUGACCACCACUUGAUAAUUAAACUUGCAUGUUCAGUAUCAAUACUUAACAGCAUAUCUGACCUGCUUUUUGCCUUUGUGACUAUGGUUAUGCCAUUUAGUCUCAUUUCAGUCUCUUACAUGAAAAUUUUGGCUGUUUGUCUCAAUACCACAAAGGACAACAAGCAAAAAGCGAUAUCCACCUGCACACCUCAGAUUAUCUCACUUUCAAACAUGUUUGUUGGCUGCAUUUUUCACUUUGUUGAUCCCAGGACUGAUACAGCAUAUGUACCAGAUAAAGUACGCAUUAUUUUAUCUGUGUAUCUCCUGAUUUGUCAACCAGUGAUCACCCCCUUCAUGUAUGGAUUUAACCAAACGAAUAUAAGACAAUCAUGUAAAAGAUUUCUGUUGUUAAAAAAUAAAUAG